AUGUCUCACCGCAACGAUGCCGCCAGUGCGCAAUUGUUCCUCUCCGACCACACAAACAACCAACCCGCCACCCACCCCACGGGGUGCACCUCUCUCGUGCGACCGGCCGUCCCAUCACUGAUGGCUGCCGCCCCCUGCGCUUCUCCCGCUGCAGCUACGGGCAACGGAACCGACGCAUCCGCUCCGGUCACUCGCAAUCCCGGUGCGGCCGCCGCCGGUGCAGCCGCUGCCGCUGCCGCUUCCGCCGCCUUUCGUGCAGCAGCGGCAGCGGGGGUACCAAUCUCGGAGGAGGUGCGGAUGCAUCUGCGAAUGCUGGGCGAGGUGAAUCUUGAUACAGACGGCAGCGUGGGCAACAUAGUCUCUUCAGUGCUGCACCAGUUGAACCGUGACGGGAUAAGGCCGUCUGACAGGAUAAGGCCGUCUCCCCCUGCGGCGUUUCCCCUGGUACCCCCACCCGGAGUCCUUCCCCCGCCCGGAGUCCUUCCUCCGCACGGCGUUUUCUGCCCCCCAGGCUCCUCCCAUCCGCAGCUUCUCCCACCCGGACCUGCAGGCUUGGGAGGUGUAGGUUCGGACGCCUCGGCAGUGACAGGAGCUUUGGGUUCGCCGGCGGCAGUGGGGGGAGGCCGGGGGAUUGCUGGUCCCCCUGUGCUUCCUCCGCUCGGGGGGUGGGAUAACACCUUGUACCAUCCCCCCCAGUUAACGGGAAGCUUGGGCGGGAGGGGCAUCACAGGGGGGAUGGGUUCCCCCGCGCUUUUCGCGCCUUCCCCCCCGCUUCUUCCCGCGCUUCCCCCUGCGCUUCCCCCUGCGCUUCCCCCCGUGCUCCCCCUUGUGCCUGCACCUCCUGCGAUUCCCCCGCUUCCCACGCUUCCCCCCUCCCCUGCGCCUAUGGCAGCGGAAGGUGAGGAGGGAGGACGAGGCGGAGCGCGGCGCGCAUGGAUGCCCGCGGGAGGGGGCGGAACGGGGGGGGAAGGAGCGGGGCAACUUGAGGGCUUUGAGGCGCCUCGGAUGCUGAGGGUGGGGAAGGACGGGGGAAAGGGCGCGGGUGAAGGGGGAGAUGCUGAGGGUGCAAAAGCAGGCGCAGGCGCAGGGGGUGGGAGUGGGGGGGGAACAAAGCGGAGUGCUGCUGUUGCCGCUGCUGGCUGUGCUGCUGGUGGUGGGGUUGGGCUUGGCCCUGUGGGGACUGGUGGUGGUGGCAGCGGCUGCGGCGGCGGCUGUGGCGGCGGAAGUGGCAGCGGUGGCGGCGGUGGUGGCGGUGGUGGCACAGAGGAAGAUGGUGACGAUGGGGCAGUGCUGCUGCAUAAGAGGUGUGUGUCGUGUGGUGACCGUGCCUUGAGUCGUCUCAAAAGUCAGUUGCUGCUGCCGGCUGUGGUGCUGGUGGUGGUGGGGUUGGCCCUGGGGGGGGUGGCUGGUGGAGCAGAGGAGGAUGGUGACGAUGGGGCAGUAGUGCUGCUGCAUAAGAGGCCGCGCAUGCCACGCAUGCCCUCAGCGCCCGAUAUGCCAAUGGACGGGUGGGAGUGGCGCAAGUACGACCAGAAGGUCACCCUCGACCAGACCUACCCCAGGAGCUACUUCCGCUGUGCGCACAAGACAACCAGCUUCCACCCCUGUCCGGCAAAGAAGUGGGCGGAGAGGUGCAACGACAACCCCUUCAACUGGCGCAUCAAGUAUGUGGGCGAGCACAACCACUCCAAGCCGCCCCCCCGCCCCGUCACCAUCACCAUCAUUCAUGACGGGCCUGUGGAUGGAACCGACGCCCUUACCCCUGCCGCUGCUCUCCCUGCUCCUGCCACUGCUGCCCUCCCUACCCCUGCCGCUGCUCUCCCUACCCCUGCCGCUGCCCUCCCUACCCCUGCCGCUGCUCUCCCUACCCCUGCAGCUGCUCUCCCUACCCCUGCUGCUGCUCUCCCUACCCCUGCUGCUGCUUUCCCUACCCCUGCUGCUGCUCUCCCUGCCCCUGCCACUGCUGCUCUCCCCGCCCCUGCCGCUGCAUUUGAGGCACCUCAAAAGGCGCCUCCUGCUGCUGCUGCUGCUGCUGCUGCUGGUGGUGCCCCUGCUGUUGGCGCUGCUGCUGCCGGCGCCGCUGAAUGCUCCGAGGGUUAUUUAUGA